GUGAAUCGCUUUAAUAAGGUGGAGGACAGAGCCAUCUUCAUUACUGAUCGGCACCUGUACAAGAUGGACCCCAUGAAGCAGUACAAGGUGAUGAAGACCAUCCCCCUCUAUAACGUGAAUCGCUUUAAUAAGGUGGAGGACAGAGCCAUCUUCAUUACUGAUCGGCACCUGUACAAGAUGGACCCCAUGAAGCAGUACAAGGUGAUGAAGACCAUCCCCCUCUAUAACUUGGUAGGAUUGAGCGUCUCCAAUGGAAAGGACCAGCUCGUGGUCUUCCACACGAAAGACAACAAGGAUCUCAUUGUCUGUCUCUUCAGUAAGGAGCCCUCCAACGACAGCAGGAUCGGAGAGCUGGUGGGCGUCCUGGCGAGCCACUUCAAGAGUGAGAAACGGGCCCUGCAGGUCAGUGUCACCAACCCGGUCCAGUGCAGCCUCCACGGGCGGAAAUGCACCGUCUCCGUGGAAACCAAGAUUAACCAAUCCCAGCCGGAUUUCACCAAACAUCGUUCCGGUUUCAUCCUCUGCGUCCCGGGGAAUUAGCAUCCCCCCCCCCGGAGAUGGAGAUGGAGACAGAGCCAGCGGAGGGAAGAUGGACUCGGGCUCCGGCCGCCCUCCCCGUGCCUUGGAUUUUUUUGGAGGGGGGAUUAAUUGUGAGAUGCUCAGCUGUGACUCGGUCACGCGCCCAAAAAAGAGCUCCAAAGCCAGAGGUUUAGCAAACCCAAAUUCAGGAGAGGGUUUUUACGGCCACACGCGACGGAGGCUUAAAAUAGCCAAUGACCCGUAUCCAUCUGACAAAACAGGCCAGAAUAUCAGGAAAGCGCUUCUGAAUUAGUCCAAAAAACCCCAUUUUUAGGUACUCACACCCUUUCCCACGUUGAUUUCUGAAACCCUCUCCACUAGUCCCUUCUGCCUUUCUUUUUUUUUUUUUUUUUUUUUU